GCUGGCUAUCCCAUGGUGCCCUUCUCGUCCUUCUUCCCGUGGUGCCGCGGGAUCAGGACGGACACGAAGCGAUGGAGUGGUGGCGGCGACGGGUCUCGGUGCUGGCGGUCCUCGUAGCGGCUGUCGCCUGCCUUUGUGCCGCGGAGACGUGCACUGAGCCCUCGAUUGUCCCGUCUUAUUACACGACGUCUGAUGCGGUCAUCUCCUCCGAAACUGUCUUCAUCGUCGAAAUCUCCCUCACCUGCAAAAAUGGUGCACAGAACGUUGCGCUCUACGCAGACGUUGGCGGCAAGCAGUUUCCUGUCACCCGCGGGCAAGACGUGGGACGCUACCAGGUACAGUGGGGUGGUCCGCGGGCAAGACGUGGGACGCUACCAGGUCUCCUGGAGCGCCGAGCACAAGCUGGCCAGGUCCGGAACGUACGAGGUGAAGUUCUUCGACGAGGAGUCCUACAGCGCCCUGAGGAAAGCACAGAGGAACAAAGAGGACUACACUGCCAUGAAGCCCCUGUUUGCUGUCAGUGUGGACCACCGAGGAGCCUGGAGCGGUCCCUGGGUCGCGACGGAGGUGGUUGCUGCUGCCAUCGGACUCCUGGUCUACUACCUGGCCUUCAGCGCCAAGAGCAACAUCCAGGCUUGAGGAGGGCAGUGGGUCAGAGGAGGGGGAUGCCGUGUUUGAUUGGGCAAGGGUCUGACGGGGGGUGAGGGGGGGU